AUGAAGGACGUGACGGGAGGUGAGGGCAGUGAGUACGAUGACAGUGGCGUGGAUGGCCUGACCCCGGACUCGGAGCCGCCCCGUCACUAUAAGACCAUGUCGGCGUCCUUCUCGGCGGGCUCUGGGGGGCGGGGCCUGUUCGCAGCCAGUGACAGCGGCAGCAGCGGGGGCGGUGCCGGCGACCAGGGCGUGUACGAGAACUUCAGGCAGGAGCUGCAGAGGAGCUCGUGCCAGGCCGACAGCCCAGAAGAGGGCGCUCUGAGUGAUGAGCAGAGCACCCUAAGCUCCUCCCACUGCGACCCCCAGGGGAUGGUCCGGAAGGCGGGCCGGCUGUCCGUCAAGAACCUGCUGGUCCACAAGAAGAACAAGAAGGUGGAGUCCGCCGCACGCCGCAAGUGGAAGACCUACUGGGUCUCCCUCAAAGGCUGCACGCUCUUCUUCUAUGAGACGGACGAGCGUGGCGUGGACCACAGCAGCGAGCACAAACACGCCGUGUGGGCGGAGGGCAGCAUCGUGCAGGCCGUGCCCGAGCACCCCAAGAAGGACUUCAUCUUCUGCCUCAGCAACAGCCAGGGCGACGCCUUCCUCCUGCAGACCUGCAGUCAGACGGAGCUGGAGAACUGGAUCACGGCCGUCCACUCGGCGUGUGCGGCGGCCGUGGCUCGGCAGCACCACCGCGAGGACACGGUGAGACUGCUCCGCACCGAGAUCCGGCGCCUGGAGCAGAAGAUCGACAUGGACGAGAAGAUGAAGAAGAUGGGGGACAUGCAGCUGUCCGCCGUCUCCGACACCAAGAAGAGGAAGGCCAUUCUGGACCAGAUCUUCUUGUGGGAGCAGAACCUGGAGCAGUUUCACAUGGACCUGUUCCGCUUUCGGUGCUACCUGUCCAGUCUGCAGGGGGGGGAGCUGCCCAACCCCAAGAGGCUCCUGGCCUUUGCGUCCCGUCCCACCAAGUUGGCCAUGGGCCGCCUGGGGAUCUUCUCUGUGUCCUCCUUCCACGCUCUGGUGGCUGCCCGCACAGAGAGCGGCGUGCGGCGCAGGUCACAGGUCGCGUCUCGGUCGUGCAGUAAACGUAAGAGUCGCUUCUCGUCCCUGUGGGGUCUGGACACGACCUCCAAGAAGAAGAGCAAGAACCACCCCUCCAUCAACCAGGUGAGCACAGGUACCAUCAGCCAGGUGAGCACAGGUACCAUCAGCCAGGUGAGCACAGGUACCAUCAGCCAGGUGAGCACAGGUACCAUCAGCCAGGUGAGCACAGGUACCAUCAGCCAGGUGAGCACAGGUACCAUCAGUCAGGUGAGCACAGGUACCAUCAGCCAGGUGAGCACAGGUACCAUCAGCCAGGUGAGCACAGGUACAGUCAGCCAGGUGAGCACAAGUACCAUCAACCCCCCCUCCAUCAACCAGGUGAGCACAGGUACAGUCAGCCAGGUGAGCACAGGUACAUUCAUCCAGGUGAGCACAAGUACCAUCAACCAGGUGAGCACAGGUACAGUCAGCCAGGUGAGCACAAGUACCAUCAACCCCCCCUCCAUCAACCAGGUGAGCACAGGUACAGUCAGCCAGGUGAGCACAGGUACCAUCCGCCAAGUGAGCAUAGGUACCAUCAACGAAGUGAGCACAGGUACCAUCAGUCAGGUGAGCACAGGUACCAUCAACCAGGUGAGGACAGGUACCAUCAGCCAGGUGAGUGCAGGCACCCUCAACCAGGUGAGCACAGGUACCAUCAACAAAGUGAGCACAGGUACCAUCCGCCAAGUGAGCAUAGGUACCAUCAACGAAGUGAGCACAGGUACCAUCAGUCAGGUGAGCACAGGUACCAUCAACCAGGUGAGCACAGGUACCAUCAGCCAGGUGAGUGCAGGCACCCUCAACCAGGUGAGCACAGGUACCAUCAACAAAGUGAGCACAGGUACCAUCCGCCAAGUGAGCAUAGGUACCAUCAACGAAGUGAGCACAGGUACCAUCAGUCAGGUGAGCACAGGUACCAUCAACCAGGUGAGCACAGGUACCAUCAGCCAGGUGAGUGCAGGCACCCUCAACCAGGUGAGCACAGGUACCAUCAACCCCCCCUCCAUCAACCAGACCUACACCAGACCUACACUAGACCUACACCAGACCUACACUAGACCUACACUAGCCCUACACCAGACCUACACCAGACCUACACCAGUCCUACACCAGACCUACACCAGACCUACACCAGACCUACACCAGACCUACACCAGUCCUACACCAGACCUACACCAGACCUACACCAGACCUACACUAGACCUACACCAGACCUACACCAGACCUACACCAGACCUACACCAGACCUACACAGACCUACACAGCCUACACUACCCUACACCAGACCUACACCAGACCUACACCAGACCUACACUAGCCCUACACCAGACCUACACUAGACCUACACUAGACCUACACCAGACCUACACCAGACCUACACCAGACCUACACUAG